CCGCCCCUGUCGGCAAGGGGAGGCGGCGAGGCGGCGGUUAGAAUGGAGGAUGCCGUGUCCGACGUGGGGAUCUGCAACCUGGCCUACGCCGGGCGCCUGGAGGAGCUGCGGGCCCAGCUGCUGCGCGACAGGGCCCUGGCCACCAAGGCCGACCAGGACAACCGGACCGCGCUGCACUGGGCCUGCUCGGCGGGACACACGGACGUCGCCGACCUCCUCCUCGGCCUCGGCGUGCCUGUGGACGACAAGGACGACGCUGGUUGGACUCCCUUACAUAUUGCCGCUUCGGCAGGCCGUGAUGAAAUUGUGAAAGCCCUCAUUGCCAAGGGUGCUCAUGUAAAUGCCAUCAAUCAGAAUGGCUGUACGCCCCUGCAUUAUGCAGCCUCCAAAAAUAAGCAGGAGAUUGCAAUCAUGCUUUUAGAGAAUGGAGCUGAUCCGGAUGCAACAGAUCAUUUUGAAUCCACCCCAUUACACAGAGCAGCAGCCAAAGGAAACCUAAAAAUGGUACAGAUCCUUCUGCAGCACAAUGCAUCUGUUAAUAUACGGGACUCUGAAGGAAAUACUCCUCUUCAUUUAGCCUGCGAUGAAGAGAGAGUGGAGGAGGCAAAGCUGCUAGUGUCUCAUGGUGCAAGUAUUCACAUUGAGAAUAAAGAAGAACUGACCCCACUGAAAGUGGCAAAAGGUGGCCUGGGAGCCAUACUUAAAAGAAUGGUGGAAGGCUAGUGGGGACUUCUGACUUGACUCUCUUUCCUGUUGCACUUGUGUUUAAGACUGCGAACUUCGUAUUUUGGUAGUUCAACUAGGAUGUCACGUAUGGGCAUCAGCAUGGUAAUAAAAUGUGUAUCUCUAGCUUUCCUUCAAGUACAGUGCCAAAACAACUGUUUGUACUUCCUGUUAAUUAAACAGUUCACUGAUUUUAAAGUAUUUUUCAAUAUCUUGCAGUUUUCUUUCGGUUUACAGUAUGAUCUGUAUAAAUGUGGUCAUUCCUUCUAUUUCAGAACCUAGUUUAGGAUUACUUCUUUCAAGCAACAGGAGCAAAAGUGCUUUAACCAUGUAAAGUCAAUUUUAUUUUGGAAGCUUAUUCUAGAGUCUUUGUUUUUUUCCCUUGGCCUUUGUGCUUUGUGUGUGGCUUUUUUUUGUGGUUUUUUGUGGGUAAUGAUUCUCUUCCUUCAGAUGAUUCUAAACCAUACCUCUCCCUUUGUAGAAUGCAGUUUGCUCAGUUACUUAGAUAAUUGUAUCCAGUUUUACUCUUCUUAAUAUAUUCAAGGGAUCUCUGAGUGUUUAAAGCUUUUCUGUUGUUAUCUGUUGUUAUCCUGUUUCUUUCAAUCUUUAAAUAUAUGUAUCUGAUGAAGUGCACUGGACUGCUUGCAGAACGCAGGUGCAGUUUCAGGGUUACCUCUGCAAAUAUACUAUUACAUAAUGGAUGGCUCUGGAUACUUCUCUGGGGUGUACUUCAAAUCUAAUUUUAUUUCCUCUUGCUCCUUCUGUAGAUUUCUUCUCCUGUUCUGUUUGACUCCCAUUAUGUAGCACUGAUGCUUGCAGUUUACCAUCUUAUUUUAUAACAGAAGGCUGGUUUAAUCUUGAUUUACUCAUAGCAAAUCCUGGUGUUAAGUUAUUAGAAGGCAGAGCUAAUGAGACUUGAGUCUGAAAAGUGACCUUUUGUUCUGAUUUUUGGUAAGAUCACUUUUAACACUAGAGGGAUAGAUUUCCCCCUUCUGAACAAAUGAUGCUGAUGAAAUUCUGUGAAAUAAAGAACUUUCCUAAACAGCA